UGAAGUUGUUAGACUUCAGGGCACACUAAAUAUUCAUGAGAUGACAUGUGACAACAGGGUAGCUAAGGAUUUUUUACUUUGGUUUCUGAUACUUAAUGAAAACAGCCCGCAAAAACCUAAGUGUCACUGUUGUGGGUUCAUUAACAGCACUCAACGAGUAUCUGGACAAUUUCGAUUGUUUUUGUUGAUUUUUCUGAGUAUAUUAUCGUUUGUUUUACUGAGAAUGGCGAGACUGAUUUCCCAACAAACAGUCCACGGAGGAGGAAGUGCGCCUAUGGGUGGAUCUGCCCUCUCCACUGCUAUGACUGGGGGGUUCACCGCGACUGUAGGGGUCACAGGCCCACAUUUCGGGGUGCUCCCCAGCGUGAUGAGUCUCAAAUCGUUACUGCAGUUACCACUGAGAGCCUCCGGGGAACGUCGCCUGGGGAAAGAACCUGCUGUCACUGGCUGUGUGAUUAAAGAAGAAGAGAAGAAAUUAGAAGAUGAGUCUCUGGGAUUCGGGGCUGUGCAGUCUGCAUUCCUGGGACCCCUUUUGUGGGACAAGACACUAUCUUAUGAUGGAAUAGAAUGUGUAGACCUGGAUGAGUUCCUAACGGAACAUGGCCUCCCUCCAAGUCCAGUACGCCGUGAACCACAGUUUAUGUCCACACCUGUAUCCCACCCCUCCUUGUCUCCCACACACAGUGUAAUGGACCUAAGUAGGCCUGCCUCCCGAGCUUCAUCCUCCUCUUUCUGUUCCUCUACUUCAUCUACCUCACAGAGCAUCAUUGGAGGCAAGUGUCUGCACAGUUCGGAUACUUCAGGACUAAGUUCACCGGACUCUCAAAGUACUUCAAGCCCAAAGGACUCAGAGAAAGAUGAAGUGCUUGUGAACUUUGAUGAUAGCCUUUCAGACCUACCAUUGUCCACUACAACUAGUCGGGAGAUAUUUGAAUCUCAUAAGCACAGAUUUACAGAAGAAGAGCUUAAACCACGACCAGUCAUCAAAAAGGCAAGGAAGAUGCAAGUCCCUGAUGAUUUGAAGGAUGAAAAGUAUUGGAACCGCCGUCACAAGAACAAUGAGGCUGCCAAGCGAUCACGAGAUGCUCGUCGUUUAAAAGAAAACCAGAUUACCAUUCGAGCUGCCUUCCUAGAGAAGGAGAAUGCAUCACUGCGUCAAGAAGUAGCUGAGAUGCUGCAAGAGCUGAGGCGUUGCCGGAGUAUCCUGUCAAAAUAUGAGGCACAACAUGGACCAUUGUAAAACAGAUGUGUAUUGUUUCUUGCAUACACCUAACAUUCGCUCUACUGAAGUAGUGAGCUGGGCCAAUGGUGCUCUUCUCCCCUUGCAGAUCUGUGGAUAGCUUGGUGGUUAGAGUACACCACUGGCCACCUGUCUUAAGGUAUUCUUGAGAAGAAAGAGUAGCACGGAGCCAGUUUGUUACCCUUGGGACACUAAUUUCUUGCCAGUUAGAAUUCCAGUUCACACCAGCAAAAGACCAUUUUGUAUUAACUUUUGCAUACCCUUGGAAUGCCAGUUUAUACUAUUUGAACUUCAGUCUUUAUUAGUGAAUGACAUGCUGUGUAACUAGUGCUUUUGUGAUUUAUCACUUUAAAAUGCUUCUCUGCAUCAGAAGAAUGCCAUUUCAUACCCAGUUUAUACCUGUAGCAACACAUUUGUACAACAAAAAUGGUCCCCAUUACAAAUAUGUGGUUGUGCUUGUAUUUUGAGAAUUGUGUGUAUAUAAAUAUAAAUAUAUAUUUAACAAAAUGUACUAUUGUACUGAGGUAGCUGGCUAGUCUGUGCCAAGACGUAAAUGUCUCAAGCAAAGGUAAAACAGAAUGAUGUCUGCCAUCUGGGCAGUGUAGUGUAUUUUUUUGUUAAUGCAGUCUUACCUUUUGUCGUGAUUGUAUGAGGGGGGAGAGAGAGAGAAGGAGAGAAAGCAGUGGAUUUUUGUUGCCAUAGUUAUGGAUUAGGGCUGUUGCUUCUGUUAUCCAAACAUGUGGUUUAAUUCAGUCCACUCAGUCACUUCAAUCCAACUUGUCUUCAGAAGUUGCUCUCCUUUUGAGCAUCACCAAAUUGAUAAAUCCCAGCAUUCCAUGGAUAUUUUAGCUGCACAACCAUAAAUGCAGUUUGCACUUUGUAUGCUUGACUUGAGUCUCAGUCUCAUUGUUGGGCAAUAUGGGGAUGAAUGCUUGAUUGUUGGACAAUGUAGGGGGAUGAUCAUGCAUACUGACAAUACAGGAUGAUGUUGCAUGUUUUGUUUUAAUUCACAUCAUUAGCAUCCCCCCCCUCCACAUAAGUAAUUUCUGCACAAAAAUUAGUAAAGCAUGGACUUUUAUGGAGCUUACUGCCAUUUUGCAGAUUUUUGGAUCCAGGAUGUUGUGGGAUUCUUUUCCUGUUGUAUUAGUGUGCCCAUGCAUUCCCCUCUUUUUUUUUUUUUUUCCUCUUUAAUUUCCUGCCAAAAUCAGGGUAGCCCAGCUUGAGAGUGCAGCAGUCAUCUCAUUUUAACUGGGACUUGUCCUGGUAAAAUAUCUUUAGAGAAUGACCCACCAGAAGGGUAAGUGUUUUGGUCAUGGCACUUUAUGAACCCACAUUUGAGCAGCAUUUGAAUUGAAGUCUUGUUUAGGACCACUUGCUUCAUGUUCUCCUUGCCUGUUUGCACAGUUAAUCCAAUCCCCUUUGCGUAGUCUUUACUAAUUUUGUACUAGGCACCCACCCCUCUCCUCCCCCUUUUUUCUUUGUUUCUUUCUGUAAUGUAAGAUUUGUGGAUUAACAGACUAGCAUAUUUUUAAUUCUGAAUUGCACUUUGUGUGAAUUGGUCCCUCGUGGUUUGUUUUUGUGGCCUUAAAUGUGCAAAACCUCCUUAAGAAAACCUUUAUGGUGUGUUCACACCUAUGUUUUUUUUUAAUUAAUGGCCAUUGUUUCUCAGAACAGUAGAUUGUUGAUAGUGCUGAAAAAGCUUUAUUGCUUUGACAGAUAUUUGAACUUGGAGAUGGGCACAGAAUACACUGGAGAAUUUUUUAGUAGUAUAUAGUGUAUUCCUAAUUAUUUCUUCUCCUGAAGGUGGACUACAGCACCUUUUCUGUGGAGUACUGUAUUCAUUGUGUGUGUCUAGGACUGAUGGAGCAUUUCUGAGGCUGACAUCCAUUGUAAUAAUGGAGAGUUUAGAAGUGAAGAGGAUUACAUGUAAAUGCUUCUUACUAUAGUUAAUUGUAUGCAACCUAUCAAGAGUAAUUAUGUAGUUGUCAGUCAGAAAUGUGCUUACAGGUAUUGAUUUUUCAAACCCAUGUGCCAGUAAGUAGAGAUAGUUUGCCUGCUUUGUGGCACAGAAUAUUAAUUUAAGUAAUGCCAGAGGUAGUUCUUUAUACACUGUUUACAUUGAUUGUUCUGGUUGCAACCUACAUAUUUUACUUGUUGGCAUUGUUUCUCAUAACAAUAUGUGUAUGUAUUAGCUCAGAGGAACCAUGUGAUUGAACAGAACAUUCAAAAAAUGUAGUAUCUAUCUUGACCAAUGCUGUAGCAAGGGAAUUGGCCUUUCUGGCUAAUACACCCAUGAGCACCCCACCCCCACCCCAUGUGACAGCUUGCAAAGUGUCAAACAUUUCGGUAAGGCAGACCUUGCUACCUUUAAAAAAAAAAAGAACAAUUUGACAGUUUACAAGUUUAUAGUCCACUUGUAAACUACGCAACUGUCAUUGUUCAUUUAAUGUAGUGUAUAAAGUACAUUUAAAAACACUGACAGCUUUCGUUAAGUGAUCUUGAUUACAUGAUAGGUAGAACUGUUAAACUUCUUUAAGGUUCUGCACACUACUACAGGCUGGCAGCACUGUUUAGUUCAUCCCACCCUUUCUACAGCACUGAUCUUUACUGUUUUAAGGAGAAUGUGUUCUGCACUUUUACUGUUAUUUGUUUAAAAAGGUGGAAAGGUUUCUGUUUAGCUAAUAAUUGUAGUUUAUACCCUUAGAAAAAGUAAUUUUAUGUGCAUUAGGAAGAUAAAUUUUUAAAAUGAGAGUUUUGCAUAACAUGUAGCUUUCUUUAGCUGAGUGGUACAUGUUUAACCAGCUAUUUCUGCACAUGUCAAUCCAGGAAGAUGCAGCUGUUUAUAUAAACAUAGUUAAAUUUAUUGGACAUUCUUCAUUCUCUUCUCUGUCAAGCUUUACCAGAUUAUUCAAACAGAAUGAGAAUAGUGUAAUAACAAACAAAUGCUCAUUUUAAAUUGGAUUUUUUUUCUUUCCUUAACUUUGAUUGACUGAUAUGCUUUUCAUUUUUGUUGUGAUGUUUGAUUGUACUAGUACUGAAAUACAAGCUAACAGACUGGUAAGGCCACAGUGGUCCACUUUCACCACUGGUUAAUUUUCAAUUUCUGUGUUUGUCAAGAAGUUAAGUGGUGAAACAUGAAACCGAGAAUAACAAUAAGUGCAUGUACUGCCAUAUUUAUUGUAAUUUUUUUUCUUAAAAUGAAAAGGCACAUUUUUAUUAUAUAUUCAACAUACUUAGAAGAGUUUCAUAAUUCUCCAGUGCAAUAACAAACUUAUCAGAUGUUGCAUCAUUUUCCUUGCGAGCUGUAUUACUUAUCCAUUUUUAUGAUGGCUCCCUUUGUAUUUGUAGCCUUCCCAGUGUGGUGUGUUUCUGAAUGACUGUAUUGCACUUGAAACGGGUAUAAGUGGAAACAUGUAAAUGUUAAGUUCUUGGGACUUCUGCUGUUUCCCAUGAUAGCCACGAUUACUCUCUCUCACACCUCAGGAAAACUUGAUGUCGAGUUUGCUAAUGUGGGAGCAGCCAGUUUCAUGUUAACUGAGUGUAGCAAUUCAUGAUUUUGAAAACUUGCACAAUUUUAAGAGAUAAUCUGAGGGGAAAAAUUACCAAAUGAAACAAGCUGCAAGUCAAUAAGAAAAAUGCCACCAACAGAAUAAUCUGCUUAAUUAUAUCAUUUAAUAUUUAAAUCUGUCCUAUAUCCCCAAAGUAUUUUUCUUUUGGCUGCUAAUUUUAGUGACUUGACUGCUAUCUUUGCUAUGGUAGUCUUACCACAGGGGUAAACUACUCUUGUGUGCAGUUUUAUACACUUGCACCACAUGCACUUUUGAAUGUUGUAAAUGUGAACUAAAGUAACUAGAGAAGAGAAGAAAAUUGGGGGGUACUGUGAUCAUAUGAGCUGGUAAAUAUAAAGCAUCAUCAUCAGUAUAAGAUUCUGAGUAUGCUUAGAAGAAAUGGUGCAGUGCGCCACCAGUACCUCAGAUCUCGGCCACUUUUGUUCCCUCCUGUGAAGGGAGAGUGGCAGUCAGAGUGCUCUCUACUCCCCUCAGAAGCAUAACUAUUUUUUAGACUAGACUGCAAUUUUACACUAGCUUUCUAUAUGGAGCAUCUCUUUAAGCACUUUACAGAGCAGCAGCAGCAGGUUGAGGAUAUAGUGACCGUACAGCCUGUCCUACCAGCGCGGUGCAGUGUAAAACACGGCAUAAUGGACAGCUUUGCCUUCACAUGACGGAGACAGAAGAGGACAUACUAUCCUGUAUCACUCUAAUUGCCCUGCUUGUAAGAAAUGGGCGCAAGAAAUGGAAAGUAAUUAUAAAGCAUUUGUGCCAGGUCUUUUAUAUUUUGGGGUCACAGAAUAGGGGGGUUUGUAGGCACCUACAAAACUAUGAUGUCUGGCAUGUAUUGGACUGUAGUUUCUCCUUGGUGUGUUGAUGUUCUUGAUGGCCAUCAGCACCCUAGUGCUCUUGUGAGUUGUCAUGUGACUGCCACUACCCUCUGACUCUUACCUGCCUAGCCGUUUAUUAGCAUGAGCACCAAACAAUUGAGAGUAUUUUUAAAUAAAAGUUUAUAAAAAUUAUAUUAUAGAGAUCUAUAAUUAUCUAUAUAAAUAUAUAUAACUUCAAUGUACUUUUUGUAUAGUGUGUAUUUCCCUAUAAAGUAAUAACUUGCAAUGUUCUUGGUAUUUUCUGAAAGAAUAUAUAAAUAAAAUUCAGACAGAAUGAGCCUACAAUUU